UGAUGUCACCUGGUGUCCUGUGAGACGCCCAGCAUGGCCAGGUCCCUGACCUGGAGCUGCUGCCCCUGGUGCCUGACAGAGGAGGAGAAGACUGCAGCCAGAAUCGACCAGGAGAUUAACAAGAUUUUGUUGGAACAGAAAAAACAAGAGCGCGGGGAACUGAAACUCCUGUUGUUGGGCCCCGGGGAGAGCGGGAAGAGCACGUUCAUCAAGCAGAUGCGAAUCAUUCAUGGUGCGGGCUACUCCGAGGAGGACCGCAGAGCCUUCCGGCCGCUGGUCUACCAGAACAUCUUCGUCUCCAUGCAGGCCAUGAUCGACGCCAUGGACCGGCUGCAGAUCCCCUUCAGCAGGCCUGGCAGCAAGCAGCACGCCAGCCUGGUGAUGUCUCAGGAUCCCUAUAAAGUGAGCACAUUCGGGAAGCCAUACGCAGUGGCCAUGCAGUACCUGUGGCGGGACGCGGGCAUCCGCGCUUGCUACGAGCGCAGACGUGAAUUUCACCUGCUGGACUCAGCGAUGUACUACCUGUCACACCUGGAGCGCAUCGCGGAGGACGGGUACAUCCCCACAGCGCAGGACGUGCUGCGCAGUCGCAUGCCAACCACAGGCAUCAAUGAAUACUGCUUCUCCGUGCAGAAAACCAAGCUACGCAUCGUGGAUGUGGGCGGCCAGAAGUCGGAGCGGAAGAAGUGGAUCCACUGUUUUGAGAACGUCAUAGCCCUCAUCUAUCUGGCCUCCCUGAGCGAGUACGACCAGUGCUUGGAGGAGAAUCAUCAGGAGAACCGCAUGAAGGAGAGCCUGGCGCUGUUCAGCACGAUCCUAGAGCUGCCCUGGUUCAAGAGCACCUCGGUCAUCCUCUUCCUCAACAAGACGGACAUCCUGGAGGAGAAGAUCCACACCUCCCACCUGGCCACAUACUUCCCCAGCUUCCAGGGUCCCCGGAGGGACGCGGAAGCCGCUAAGCGCUUCAUCAUGGAUAUGUACGCGCGCGUGUAUGCGGGCUGCGCAGAGCCCCACGACGGUGGCAGGAAGGGGUCCCGCGCGCGACGCCUCUUCGCGCACUUCACCUGUGCCACGGACACGCACAGCGUCCGCAGCGUGUUCAGGGACGUGCGGGACUCGGUGCUGGCCCGGUACCUGGACGAGAUCAACCUGCUGUGACGC